AUGGACGACAGUGUUUUACCUGAAGUCAUUGUCACAGAUAGAGAGCUUGCUUUGAUGAAUGCCAUUGACAAUACCUUUCCGAAUGCUCGACAUUUGUUAUGUCGUUGGUAUAUUUAUAAGAAUGUAUUGACAAAAUACAAGAAAAUGUUUGAGACAAAAGAAAAAUGGGACAAGUUUAACACUGCAUGGAACUAUUUGAUAUUGUCAUCAACUGAAGAGGAAUACAAUGAUCACCUUGCAACACUACAUAAGGAUUUCAGUAACUAUUUGGAGGCAAUCAAGGUUGAGAGUGCUCAUGCUAGAUUGAAGAAGCAGUUAGGUUCAAGUCAAACGACAUUUGAGAUUUCAUUUGAAAAUAUACAUUGUCUACUUGAGUUGCAGCACAUUCAAGUUACAGCAUCAUUCGAGAAGAGUUUGACAACUGUGCAACGUCAAUUCAAACCUUCUCAAUUCAAAGAGCUUAGGGGUAAUGUGUCUAUUUGUGCAUUGGAGUAUGUGUUGGCAGAGAGGAAGAGAGCAAAUUCAGUUGGAAUUGAUGUUGCAGCAUAUAGGUGUGUUCUUAGGCGCACGCAUGGUUUACCCUAUGCUUACGAGAUUGCAGAUUACAUGAGACAAGGCCAUCCUAUUCCACUUAGUAGCAUACAUGUACAUUGGACGCGACUUACUAUAUGUGUGAAUAAUCCAAAGGUUGAGAAGUUGGAAUUGACUUGUAUCCCAGAACUUGAUAUGAUUUUGAAGCGGUUUAAAGAGUCUGAUAUUGCCACACAAUUGGAUAUGUUGAAGAAGUUGAGGGAAAUUGCAAAUCCAAUGAGCAUUUUUCUUAUUGAGCCUGAUGUGAAACCUAAUCCACGUCGAGGACAUAAGAAAAUUGAUACAUCUUGUCGUCGUGACCCGUGUGCAUUUGAGUUGGUUGACAAUGGCCAUGAUAGCCAGAGCACAUUAGCUUCCAAUCAGUCAAAGAAAAAGAGAGCUUCAAAAGUGCAUGAGAAGAAGUGGAAUGUGAAGACAAAGGCAUAUCGUACAAGAACAAGUUUAUCAAGUGCAUAUGCUGGUGACUUCCCGCCUAUGUUAAUACAAUUCAUAAAGUUAAUGAAGGAUGUAGACGGCGAUGUGAAUUGUGGUUUUAGAGCUAUUGCAGGAUUACUUGGUCUUGGAGAGAAUGACUGGAUGUAA